AUGGAUUCAUCCUCGGAAUGGAUCAUGUCCGGGACGGCUCGCGCCGGCCGGGCCCCUCGUCCUCCUUCACCAGUCUACAUUGACCUGACUGAGCCGCCGGCAUGGACCCUUGAGCCUAAGAUCCCGACGCUGCAUCCAAGGCUUGGGCUGCCGACUAUGGAGAAGGCAGGUCUAAAGCUGUACUGGGAGAUCAUUGGCGUCGAGAACCCAGAACGGAUGGACCCGCAUCCAUCCCUCCUACUUUCGAAGUUUGAAUUGCAGCUGAUUGAUGCACCACGGCUGGGGGCGCCGCCGCCGCCGCCUCAGUCGCCCCAACCUGAGCCCAGUGAGAAAGCCAAGGGGAAAGCCCGGGCGGAGCCGCCUAAGCCGGCGGCACGCCUUAGACUUGUAGCUCAUCGACCCGAAGACAAUUAUGAGAUCAUCCCGAAGAAGAAUACUCUGGCGCCGCUGGCUAAUUACCCGCCGGCCGGCCAAAGUAACUCGCCGGCCAGCCAAAGUAACUUGUCAACCAGCCAAAGCAACUUGCCGACCAGCCAGAACAACUUGCCGACCAGCGAGAAUAGCUUGCCGACCAGCCAGAGUAGUUCGUCAAGCAGCAGAAAGAACUUGCCAACCAGCCAAAGUAGUUCGUCAAGUAGCCGAAAGAACUUGCCAGCCGGCCAAGGUAGUUCGUCGACCAGCCGAAAGAACUUGCCAGCCGGCCAAGGUAGUUCAUCGACCAGCCGAAAGAACUUGUCAACCAGUCAAGGUAGUUCAUCAAGCAGCCGAAACAACCUGCCAACCAGCCAAGGCAGUUCGUCGACCAGCCGAAACAACUUGUCAACCAGCCAAGGCAGUUCAUCAAGCAGCCGAAACAACCUGCCAACCAGCCAAGGCAGUUCGUCAACCAGCCGAAACAACUUGCCGGCCAGCCAAAGUAGUUCGUCAACCAGCCGAAGUAACUUGCCAACCAGCCAAGCACCGGCGAAAAGACCCGGCGUGGCUCAACCCGUCACAAGACCCCAGAAGAGUCGGAAGUACCACAAGACCCAGUCCGGACCAGCUUCGGGGCCAAAGCCCGAGUCCCUGGCAUCCAAGGCGGCCCAUAACUCCAUCCGGCAGAGGCUAGAACGCGAGAAGGUGCCACAUAUCGCCAGGGACUCGCCUUCGCCGGAGCCGCAAGACACUGUGCAAGAUAGCCCACCGCGAGCGAACACUAUGAACUGGCCUGCUGCGGCUGGGCUGAACAUGAUUGUGGCUGCCAUGCCCGGUGUGCCGUCGACAUACCGUCUGGCGCGGACUCUCGGUGGCGCGGACCUCAUGCAAUAG